AUGUCGGUUCAAGGGUCUCUUCUGCUAGUCCUCUUGGUCCUAAUCAACUGGUUGGCUUGGACACAGCUCGUCUUGGCUUCCUUUAACAGGACUAGUUUCCCAGAAGGUUUUGUUUUUGGAACAGCCUCGUCUUCUUACCAGUAUGAAGGUGCAAUAAAAGUAAAUGGCAGAAGCCCAAGCAUAUGGGACACCUUCACUCAUAAAUAUCCAGACAGGAUAGUAGGUGGUGCCAAUGGAGAUGUAACUGUUGAUUUCUAUCACCGAUACAAGUAUGAUGCGAAGAUCAUGAAGAAUAUAGGACUGGAUGCUUUCAGAUUCUCUAUCUCAUGGCCUAGAGUGCUACCACGUGGGAAGCUGAGUAGGGGAGUGGACAAGAGAGGGAUCGAGUUCUACAACCAUCUUAUCAAUGAGCUCCUAUCACAUGAGGGGAAGAUUGGGAUAUCGUUAGCUGUUUAUUGGAUGCUACCUUACUCUAACAGUCAAGCUGACAAGGAGGCAUCACAAAGAGCCCUUGAUUUCAUGUAUGGAUGGUACAUGGACCCUCUUGCUUUUGGAGAUUAUCCUGACAACAUGCGCGCCCUUGCUGGAGAUAGACUGCCAAAAUUCACCAAUGAGCAAUCUAUGUUGGUGAAAGGAUCUUAUGAUUUUAUUGGGUUAAAUUACUACACAACUUUUGCUGCAGUUCAUCUCCCUAAAUCUAAUUUAGUCAAUGUUAGCUACUCCACUGAUUCUCUUAGCAAUUUAACAGAUGACCGCAAUGGAGUUCCCAUUGGUCCAAAGGAUGGUUCGCUCUGGAUGAAUGUAUAUCCGAGAGGGUUAAGAGAUCUUCUUAAGUACACGAAAGAAAAAUACAAUGACCCAACAAUUUACAUUACAGAGAAUGGGAUUGAUCAGUUCGAUAAUGGUACCUCACCACUCAAAGAACUCCUCAAGGAUUCAGCAAGAAUCAAUUAUUUCAACCGCCAUCUUUUGAUGGUUCGGAGAGCCACUAAGUGA